UUCUGAUACUUACGGUGCGCGACUGUCUAAGCAUGAAGUUCAAGUAGACUGUUCGCAGGUUCCGUUUCGGGGUCUCGUAGGAGGCAGUGCACGGGAUGGAAACCUUCCCGUCUUGCUGCGGCUACUCUUAACGCCCGGGACUCUCCGCAGAGCUGCCCCCCCCCCCGGCCCCUCAGGCAAAGCGCGAUGGGCUGCAAGGGGAGCAAAAUGGGCUGCUGUGAAGCCAGAAGAAAGAAACAAGUCAGAUCUCAGCAUGAAAGGGGCAAGGGUUCCUGCGAACUAACAACUUUGAAGUUUUCCAACGCCAAUGCAGCACAUGUGCAUGAGGAAGCAGAGAAAGAGAAGGCAGAGCUGCUGGAGAAGCAGAGGAACAAGAUCACAAGUCUCCAGCAACAACACCAGGAGGAGAAAGAAUCUCUGAAGAACGCUCAUCGAGCUGAGACUGAGAGACUUAGCCUAGAAGUUAAAACCCAGUACUCAUAUUCAUCAGCACUGUGUCGGAGUGAUACCAAUGCAGCACAUGUGCAUGAGGAAGCAGAGAAAGAGAAGGCAGAGCUGCUGGAGAAGCAGAGGAACAAGAUCACAAGUCUCCAGCAACAACACCAGGAGGAGAAAGAAUCUCUGAAGAACGCUCAUCGAGCUGAGACUGAGAGACUUAGCCUAGAAGUUAAAACCCAGGUGGAAAAGGAGAAGGAUUUAGAAUGUAGACAGCAAAUCUCUGAGCAGCGUGAAUUACUGAAGAGAGAGCAGGAAGAGAGGCUGCAAGAGUUCCAGAAAGCACAUGACCAAGAGAAGCUGCUCCUGAGAGAAUCCUAUGAAAGGUCCCAGUCAUCUUUACAGGAGAUGAUUGACAGAUUGAGUUCCCAGCUGGCAUCCUUCCAAGAGAAAAUGAAACGGGUAGAGGAGUCAAUCCUGAGCAGAGACUUUAAGAAGCACAUCCAGGAUUAUGGGAGCCCUAGCCAGUUCUGGGAACAAGAACUUGAAAGUCUGCAUUUUGUCAUUGAGAUGAAGAAUGAACGCAUCCAUGACCUGGACAAAAAGCUCCUGAGCCUGGAGUCAGUGAUGGAGAGAAACUUGUUGCUUGAGGAGAAAGUUAAAACUCUUCAGCAAGAGAAUGAAGAACUCCAAGUACGGAUGCAGAACCACCUGGCAGUGGCAAGGCAGCUUUCUGAUGAGCUCAUCACUAUUCGUCAGGCCAUGGAGAAGGAGUCACAGCUGAGAGAACAAGCCCACCGGGAAAAGGAAGAGUUGCUGUACAGAAUGCUUAGUGGUGAUCCUUCCCACACCUUCCCCAUUUCCACUGAGGCACCACUCAUAGCUACAUAGCAUUUUGAAAAGCAAAAAGGACUGCUGGGAGUUGGGGGUGGUGGAAGAGGAUGAAAACAAGACUCCUCUAUCCGUUUAUUCUAGUUCUGAACUAGACCCGGAGCUGUGAGACUCUGGCAGGAGAAGGGAUCCAGAGGUACCACAUGCUGUGUUCACUUCACUGUUCUGACACUUGAGGAUGUUAAAGUGAGUUGCUUAAAGAGGGGAGGUUUUCCAGCCUUAAUGCUAGUUAAGAAACAAUGUGUUGUCGAAGGCUUUCACGGCCGGAGUUUCACGGCCACACAUCCCGGAAAAUCUACAGCAACUACGAAACAAUGAUAGGCCUGCAUAUGAGUAAUGUAUGCAAAUCAGCAGUGGCCUGGGAUCCCUCCCUCCCUCCCUCCC